UGGAGGUUUUGGGGAUGUUAUAAACAGCAAACCACCGCCCUCCCUAUGAGCAACUUGUCCUGCACAUCCCCCUGUCCUCCGCCGCCUCUCUCUCUGACUCCUCCGGCCCGCAGUUGGGGGAACAGGCUGGAAGCACGCCCUCUGGUCCGCGCGAGUUCGAGUCCCGCUGCUGCUGCUCGCUGUUGCGCACCGACUCUCUCGCGCUCUGCAGACAUGAUGGCACCUGUCCUCCAAAUGUUUGGUGUCGUCAUCGCAUCAGCGCUCCUGCUAACCGUGACAUCGGUCAAACUCAGUGACAAUAUUUUUGCAGUGACUGUGAGCUCCCAGAUGAGAGGAGGGAAACAGGAGACCCUGUGUGCCCAGAUCCACAGCCCCGCGGGAAACGUCUCGCUGACUGUUGCCCUCGAAAUGGGCUCAGGCAGAACGUCCAUCCUGGAAGAGGCUGUAAACCAGGACUUUUACCGCUGCGUUACAUUCCAGGUCCCUACAGUGCGCUCCAGAACUGUGGCAACCAUUAAUGUCACUAUUCAGGGUGAGAGCACCUCGAUGAACAAGAAGACCAAAGUCCUCAUCGUGCCCCCUGGUUUCAUCCAUAUCGUCCAGACUGAUAAACCGAUCUACAAACCUGGACAGACUGUCCAGUUCCGAAUCGUCUCUUUGGAUGCCAAUUUCAUCCCCGUAGCUCGAGUGUACAAAGUGGUGGCGAUCCAGGAUCCCAAUUCAAAUCGCAUAGCCCAGUGGUUGGAUAAAUCCAUCGUUAGCGGCAUCCUUGAUCUUUCUCACCCCAUGAUUCCUGAGGCAGCGCAAGGAAGCUACGUGAUCACCGCUUCGACGGACAAAGGAGAGGAAAUAACCCACAGCUUUGACAUCAAGGAAUACGUUUUGCCAAAGUAUGAAGUAAAGGUUCACCUACCCAGUGUGAUUACCAUCCUGGACCAAGAGGCGACACUAAAGAUCUGUGGAAAAUACACCUAUGGGAAACCUGUUGUUGGUUCAGUCAAGGCAGUGUGUUGUAGAAAUGCCGCCCGCCGGUAUCAUUGGUAUUCAAGUGUCCAACAAAAGAACCUGUGCAAAACGUAUGAACUGACGACGGAUAAAAGCGGUUGUGCCACACAAACUAUGAACAUGACCGAUUUUUCCCUCACCAAGAACCAUUACGAAGACAGUUUUGAGGUGAACGCUGAAAUGGAGGAGUUCGGCACAGGGGUCAUUCUUAAAGGCAGUGGGCAGACCGGCUUCAGCAGUAACAUCAGAACUGUCACCUUUGAGGACGUACCUGCCUCGUACAAGCCUGGCAUCCCGUUGGAGGGAAAGGUCAAAAUGGUCGGUCCAGACGACAAAGCUGUUGCCAAUGAGCCAGUGUAUCUAACAGCCAGCGACACUCAAAACUUCAUGCUCACUACAGACAUGAAAGGCAUGGCUUCGUUUUUUGACACCGCCCUCUGGAAGGACUCUGUGACGCUACAGGCGAAGUCUAAAAAGACGUCGGAGAAUGAGCCAUAUGUGCGCGAUCUGCGCAGACCAGAGUACAGGUCGGCCCACCACCACGUCGCAGCAUUUUACUCAAAGAGCAGCAGUUUUUUGAAACUCAUGCAGGUGAACGGGAAGAUCUCCUGCGACAAAGACGCGACUCUGCGUGCUCAGUACAUCAUCCAAGGGGAGGAGCUAAAGAAGGGACAGGAAGUCAUUGACUUCUUUUACCUGGUCCUGUCCAGAGGUGGAAUUGUGCAGCACGGUCGUGUCCCGGUGGCUGUUAAAACAGGAAAUGUCAACAAAGGAGAGUUGUCCGUAUCGCUCCGUCAGGUUACAGACCUGGCGCCAUUUGCCCAAGUGAUAGUUUACACUGUGAUGCCCAGUGGAGAGGCUGUGGCCGAUAGCCAGAACGUCCCCAUCCAGCUCUGCCUCAAUAACAAGGUGUCUCUGAAGUUCUCCUCUCUCCAGGAGCUUCCAGCAGAGAAGACCACGCUCAGCCUCCAGGCUCAUCCAGGCUCCAUGUGCUCUGUCAGGGCCAUCGACCAGAGCGUCCUCCUGCUGCAGGCGGAGCAGGAGCUCACUGUCGACUAUGUGUACAACAGGCUGCCUUUACAGAAGCUGUCAGGAUACACCCACGACAUUGAAGACUCUGACCCAUAUCACUGCUACGAACCAGAACCAGAACCAGAGCCUGAACUAGAAGUGGAGAUUCAGGAUGACGUGGAGCCAGCUAGUCGAUCAAAGCGCUCCUUCCACUUUGGACAGGACAAUGAGAAGAAUGAUGUCUACGGCGUCUUUAAAGAAAUAGGAAUCAAAAUUGUGACCAACUCCGAUGUGAAAAAACCUUAUAACUGCCAUAUCUAUGCCUUAGAAGAUGAAGAAUAUGGGUUGGAUAUGGUAGACUCUCCGGUUCCCAUGGCCAACAUGAUGCCACAGAGAGCAGGUGUUGCGAUGAAAGUUAAAGAAGAGGAGGAGAAGAAAGAGACCGUCAGGACAUUCUUCCCUGAGACCUGGAUCUGGGACCUAGUUACUGUGGGAGACAGCGGGUCAGUGAAUGUGGAGAAGACGGUCCCUGACACCAUCACUAAGUGGGCAGCUGGAGCUUUCUGUGUCUCUUCCGUGGGCUUCGGUGUGUCGCCCGACACUGGACUGACUGUCUUCCAGCCGUUUUUUGUCAGUCUCACCUUGCCCUACUCCGUCAUCCGAGGGGAGGUGUUUACUCUCAAAGCCACUGUCUUCAACUAUCUCUCAAAGUGCAUCAUGGUGAAGAUUACACUGGCUGAUUCAGACCAGUACACCUCCAGAAACUGUGAUGGCUGCCAGUACAGUGUGUGUUUGUGCGGAGAGGAGAGCAGGACCUUCUCAUGGAUUGUAACUCCAACUGCCCUAGGUCAGGUGGAUCUGAAGGUCAGCGCAGAGGCCCUGAAGACUGACAUACUGUGUGGCAACGAGGUGGCCACCGUCCCCGACAUGGGCCGAAUCGACACGGUGGUCCGCACCCUGCUGGUGCAGGCUGAAGGAACACCACAGAUGGUCAGCCACAACGCUCUCCUCUGUCCUGCAGAGGGGCCUGUGGAGAAGAACAUCUCCCUUCUGAUGCCCGAGAUGUUUGUGGCUGGAUCGGCCAGGGCCUCCGUCUCUGUUCUGGGUGACCUGAUGGGCCGCGCUAUGAAGAACCUGGACAAGCUCCUGGCCAUGCCGUACGGCUGCGGGGAGCAGAACAUGGUGCUGUUCGCGCCCAACAUCUUCAUCCUCAACUACCUGAAAAGCACGGCUCAGCUGACCGACGCCAUUCUGGAGAGGGCGACGCGCUUCCUGGAGAGCGGAUAUCAGAGGGAGCUCACUUACAAGCAUGAUGACGGCUCCUACAGUGCCUUUGGGAAGAGUGAUGAGUCUGGAAACACCUGGCUGACCUCUUUUGUGAUGAAGUCCUAUGGCGGGGCGAGACCAUACAUCUUUGUGCACGACAAGCACAUUAAAGAGACACGGAGGUGGCUAUCCUCACACCAGCGGCCUGACGGCUGCAUCAGAUCUGUGGGGAAACUCUUCCACAACGGCAUGAAGGGAGGUGUGAGUGACGAUGUGUCCCUGACAGCCUACAUCACCGCUGCCCUGCUGGAGCUCGACACCAACACCACGGACCCCGUGGUGCAAAACUGCCUGAACUGUCUCAAGGCAGCAGUGGCCGGCCAGCUGGACAACAUGUACACCACGGCCCUGCUGUCCUACACCUUCACCCUGGCUGGAGACGAGGAGAUGAGGAGCAAACUCAUCACUUACCUGCACCAGAAGUCCAACACACUGGGUGGCACCCGUCGCUGGAACAGAGCAGGGGCUUCUGAGAAAGGCCUGGACUCUUUGGAGGUGGAGAUGACGUCCUACGUGCUGCUGGCUCUGCUCUCAGGUCCGGCCAUGCCAGGCUUUGGUUUGGAUUACUCGUCCAGCAUCGUCCGCUGGCUCGCCCAGCAGCAGAACCCCUACGGCGGCUUCGCUUCAACACAGGACACCGUGGUGGCCCUCCAGGCUCUGGCUAAGUACGGCACUGCCACCUACAGCGCGGAGGGCAGCACUACGGUGACGGUGACGUCGUUAGGAGGCCUCGACAAAGAGUUUGCGGUGGAUCAGAGCAACAGGCUGCUGUACCAGGAGGAGAAGCUGAGCGACGUCCCCGGAGAGUACACGAUCAAAGCUCAGGGACAGAGCUGUGUGCUGGCACAGAUCUCCAUGCACUACAACAUCCCCCCUCCUCCCGACUUCUCUGCCUUCAAAAUCUCAACUGACAUCAUGACCAAAUGCAACAUCAGCAGGCCUGAGCUCAUCCUCUUUGUGCAUGUCAGGUACCAGGGCCGGAGAGAGGAAACAAACAUGGUCAUCAUCAACAUCAAACUGCUGUCUGGAUACAUUCUGGAUAAGAACUCCCUGAAGCUGCUGAAGAACGACCGCUUAGUGAAGCGUGUGGACGUGGACGAAGGAUUCAUCAACAUCUACUUAGAUGGGUUGAAGAAGGAUGAGCAAAAGAUCUACAGUGUGACACUAGAGGAGGACAUGCCCGUCAGGAACCUGAAACCAGCUGUGGUCAAAGUCUACGAUUACUACCAGACAAGUGAUGAGGCAGUCACUGACUACACCUCCCCCUGUGCAGAGAGUGACGGCGUCAACGAGCUGUAAAACCUACGUGGAAAGCCCCGCCGAGACUCCUCAGUUGGAAGAAUCACUGUGUCAGAGAAAGAAACUUCUAGAUGUGUAUUUUUUUUAUUAGAUCGUUUCUUUGUGUUUUUUUUCUCCUUUUAAACCUUUUUUUUCUUUUCGCUGUGUUUCAUUGUGAGUGAAUUCCACUUUUUAGGAACACAUUUUUAAUUUUCUUUUAACUGUUUUGAUGUUUUUUGUUCUACUUGCUGUUCCACGGUAGGCUCGUCCUUGUCCUUCCAGCUAUGACUGUUUAGUAACGAUCCAAUAAUCAAUCAGCAUGAGAAUCCGUACGGUAGUCGCUGCUGUCUCCCUCCUCAACACUGCAAACGUCACAUUAAAACCCGCUGAGCUCAAGAAAAGCAGACGAUAUUCUGGAACAGUUCUGUUUUUUAAUAGAUUUGACAAAAUCCAUAUUAUUCAUACGUGAAAGUAACGCAUGAGACAUACAGGGUACCAAUAACACAGUAUGGUCCGAGUAUCAAUUGUGAGUGUGUGUGUGUGUGUGUGUGUGUGAAACAGGAUCUACUUUCUAGAAAAAACAAAAGUACAGUUUCAUGAGUGCUAGGUGAGUUAUUCUCUGUGUGUGUGUGUGUGCAGGUGUGUGUUCUGCUGUACCAGUAAAAAAAAAAAAAAAAAAAA